AUGAUUUAUCCAUUUGUGGAUAAUACAUCCACAUAUUUAAUUAAUGAAACUAUACAAUUAUCGAAUAUUAAAGUGCAUUUUCUUCCUCCAAAUACAACUUCUCACUUGCAAUCUUUAGAUGCUGAAAAUAGUUCAGAUAUAACACCAAUUGAUAUUUUUAAUGCUAUAACAUUUGCAAGUGAGGUUAAGAUUGCUGGAAAAACUAGGGGGUUUUGGCAAGUUAGUGAAAUGCCAAAUAGCGAAACUUUGCCGAAACUAUAUGAAAGUCUUAUUAAAAACCUUAAUGAUGAUAUCAAUAAAAUUACUUUAGAAUUACAAGACAUUAUUAAUGAAUUAAAUUUACAAAAUCCUAUUACAGCUAAGGAGUUUAUUUGUAUUAAUGACGAGAUUCCAAUAGAAUCAUUAUCAGAUAAAAAAAUUAUAGAUGCGGCUUUGAAUAGUUUAGAAAAAGUAAUUCUUUAUUUUAAAAAUCCACCUGAUGAUAUUACAAUUAAUUACACAGAAUUGAAAUCUCUUAAUAUUUUAAAAUCAAAAAUUAACAACAAAAAUUCAAGAUAA